AUGCUCAAUAGGCAAGCAUGUAUUCUUGUGAACGAAAUAUCUACCCUCCGUCGUCACGCUGAGGCAAAGUUCCCUGGCAAGUAUUGGAAAUGGGCCAAAGAACAUUCGUUUGAGUCAAUGCUUCCCGGUGACGUCAAGGCCUGCAAGGACAAACAGCAGAGCAUUAAUGCGCAUCUGACUGAGCGGAAGCUCGCUGAAAAAGUGGUUUCAUAUUCGGAUAAGUUGUUCAAACAGGCUGUGAUCGAGUGGCUUGUGGCCACUGACCAGCCAAUUCAAGCACUCGGGCAUCUGAAGUUCAAAGAAAUGAUUGAUGUCGCUGCUCGAGCAACCAAUGGCAUCAAAAUUCCAGGCAGGAAGGCGACUUGUGCACAGAUAGUGAGAACGUUCAAAGCUCAUCUUACAGGGCUCAGGAAUAGACUCAAUGUAAGUAAUGUUCAUGAUAUUGCUCUAUCUACUCAACUAAUGGGAGAUAAAUGUAGGGCGCCACUGUUAAGGGUGCUAUCAAUACCACCUGUGAUGCAUGGCAGGCCGAAAAUACUGACGGUUACUUCGCCAUCACAGGACAUUGGAUCGAAGAGAAGGUUACCAUGCAAUGGGAACUCGAGAGUGCGCUGCUUGGAUUCACUCAAGUCAACAAUGCCCACACAGGCAAGCGUCUUGGUGGCGCUUUGUUCAAAAUCCUUGAUCGUGUUGGUGUCGCACACAAGGUAA